GCCCCCGCUCCUCGCUAUAAAGAUGGCUUCUCAUCAUCACAGUUACAGAGUCAAUAUCACUUAAUAACAAUCUAACUGUUGUGUCUUGUAAGAGAAAGAGAGACAGAGAAAACAUGGUGCUAAAGGUGUACGGACCUCACUUUGCUUCACCAAAGCGUGCUUUGGUAACGCUUAUCGAGAAGGGCGUUCCCUUCGAGACCGUCCCCGUCGAUCUCAUGAAAGGAGAGCACAAGCAGCCUGCUUAUCUCGCCUUACAGCCUUUCGGUACCGUUCCUGCUGUUGUCGACGGUGACUACAAGAUCUUCGAGUCACGUGCGGUGAUGAGGUACGUAGCUGAGAAGUACAGGUCACAAGGACCUGACCUUUUAGGCAAAACCGUCGAAGACAGAGGUCAAGUUGAGCAAUGGCUCGACGUUGAGGCCACCACUUUCCACCCACCGCUACUCAACCUCACACUACACAUAAUGUUCGCAUCAGUCAUGGGAUUCCCUUCCGAUGAGAAGCUGAUCAAGGAGAGCGAGGAGAAGCUCGCAGCUGUGCUCGAUGUCUACGAGGCACAUCUCUCGAAGAGCAAGUACUUGGCUGGUGAUUUCGUCAGCUUGGCUGAUUUGGCUCACCUCCCUUUCACUGAUUACUUGGUUGGUCCCAUCGGUAAGGCUUACAUGAUCAAAGACAGGAAGCACGUGAGCGCGUGGUGGGAUGAUAUUAGCAGCCGUCCUGCUUGGAAGGAGACUCUUGAGAAGUAUUCAUUCCCUGCUUAAGAUGAGGAUGAUGAUCAUCAUCAUGUUCUUGGUCUUUGUUUGUGUUUUGGAGUUUCUAAGCAAUGCUUGUGUUUUAUGUGAGGUUUUUAAUAAAGAGUGGAACCGUAUGCCUCCUCUUAUCUUACGUAUGUCACCUCUCUUGUCUCUUUUGUUUCAUAUUGUAACUCCUCUUCUGUGUGAUUGAGUUGAGGCUUGAAUCUAGAGGAACUUAAUUAUAUAUCUUUGGUU